GAACGCACUGGCCCCUCCCCUUCCGGUCCGUUCCUAGCCGCUUCUCCCGGACCCACGUGUGUUUCCACGGUGCUAAAGUUGGAGGUGCUUGUAUCCGGACGCCGCGGGGCCUCGGUGGCCAGGACAUCGCCAUGCCUAAAGGACUGAAAGGAAAAAUUGUAGGUCGAGAAAAAAAAGUCAUCCAUCCAUACAGUAGGAAAGCAGCGCAGAUUACAAGAGAGUCUCACAAGCAAGACAGGAAAGAAAGAUUGAAGAAUGAGAGGGCCUUGCGUCUCAACCUUAUUGGUGACAAACUUCGGUGGUUUCACAGUCAUCUGGAUACAAAUAAAACAAGAUAUUCAAAGAAGGAUGCUUGUGAAUUAAUUGAAAGGUAUUUGAGUCGAUUCAGCAGUGAGCUGGAGCAGAUUGAGCUGCAUAACAGCAUCAAGGACAGACAGGGACGGCGGCACCACUCCCGGGAGACGGUCAUCAAGCAGACGAUGGCGCGGGAGCGGCAGCAGUAUGACGGUUAUGGCUUUGAGAUCCCAGACAUUUUAGACACUAAUAAUCUGCAGACUUUUCGGGAAUGGGAUUUUGAUCUGAAGAAAUUGCCUAACAUCAAAAUGAGAAAACUUUGUGCUAAUGAUGCAAUUCCUAAGAAGCGCAAACAGAAACCCAUUUUAAAUAUAGACAAAGAUUUAGGGGAAUUAGAUCUAACUGGGGACCCUGGAGACUCUGAAGAUGGGAAGUUGGAGCCAACAAGUGAAGCAAGUGAGUCGGAUGAAGAAAUGACCCCGGUGCCUGCCUGCUCUUAGUGAAAUCCCUUGAGACCCUCCCGUCCUGCUCAUCGGUUAUGCUGUGUAAUCAUGGGCGUGGGGCUGCUGAGAUGGCUCAGCCGGGCCGUGCUGCCAAGCCUGACGGCCAGAGUUUGCGUCCCAGAACCCAUGGGUUGAAAGGACAGGUGCUGCAGGUUUUCAUCUAACUCCACGUGCACACCAUGGCAUGUGUGUGUGCAGACAAAGUAAAUUUUUAGUGAUUAUUUAUAUGUA